AUCGACGAGAAUGGUGACGGCUUCAUCAACCUCACAGAGUUGCGAAGCGCUCUGGACAUCUGUGGCUUCAAAAUGCCCGGUUACAAGGUCCGUCAGAUGAUCGAGGAGUACGACGACAAACAGAGGUCGGAGCACAAGGGCCGAUUGUCCUUCGAGGAGUUCGAGAAACUUUGCAAGGAGCUGAAGGCGAACGAACUGGGAUCCACGUUCAAACAGGUUGUCUCGAAGAAGGAGAAUCUAGAGACACUUGGUGGAAUCUCCGAGGCGUCCAGCGAAGGGACCACGCACUCUGUCAGAUUGGAGGAGCAACUUGCUUUCAGCGACUGGAUCAACACGAAUCUGUCGCACGAUCCGGACUUGAAACACCUGCUGCCCAUCGAUCCAGAAGGCAAGACCCUCAAGAUAAUCAACCACUCUUGCCCGGACACGAUCGAUGAGCGAACGAUCAAUAAGAAGAACCUGACCCUCUACAAGAAACACGAGAAUCUAACCCUGGCGCUAUCAUCCGCCCAGGCGAUCGGUUGCAACAUCGUGAACAUCGACGCUCACGAUCUGACGAAGGGCUCGCCUCACUUGGUCCUGGGCCUGCUCUGGCAAAUCAUACGAAUCGGCCUGUUCAAUCAGAUCACCCUGGAGAAUUGCCCGGGGCUGGCCACCCUUUUACAAGACGGCGAACGCAUCGAGGAUCUUCUGAAAUUAUCGCCAGAGUCGAUUCUGCUCAGAUGGGUGAACCAUCAUCUGGAGAACGCUGGUAUCGCCAGGCGAUGCCACAACUUCCAGUCGGACAUCACCGACUCGGAGAUCUACACGUACCUCAUCAAGCAAAUCGCACCGAACACAGCCGGCGUCACGUUGGAAGCUCUGAUGGAGCCGAACCACACCUCCCGAGCGGAAAUUAUGUUGCAACAGGCGGCCAAGUUGGGCUGCCGUAGCUUCGUAACGCCGAGCGACGUGGUCAACGGCAUCUACAAGCUGAAUCUCGCCUUCGUCGCCAACAUGUUCAACAACUACCCGGGUCUCGACAAACCGGAGAGCAACAUCGAGGGCUUGGAAUCGUUGGAGGAGACCAGGGAGGAGAAAACCUAUCGAAAUUGGAUGAACUCGAUGGGCGUGGUGCCUCACGUGAACUGGCUGUACUCCGACCUGGCGGAUGGCUUGGUGAUCUUCCAGCUUUACGACAUCAUCAAACCCGGCACCGUGAACUGGAACCGGGUGCACAAGAAGUUCACGAAGCUGCGCAAGUUCAUGGAGAAGCUGGAGAACUGCAAUUACGCGGUCGAGCUUGGCAAGACGAUGAUGAACUUCUCGUUGGUCGGAAUCGCUGGCCAGGACAUCAACGACGGGAACGCCACGUUGACACUGGCGUUGAUCUGGCAAUUGAUGAGAUCGUACACGUUGUCCAUUCUCACGUCGCUGGCAGGCACCCAGGGUAGCACCGUCGUCGAGAAGGAGAUCGUUCAGUGGGUGAACUCGAAGCUGCAAUCGGCGGGCAAAACGAGCGGGAUCAAAGGUUUCCAGGACUCGACGAUAGCCGAUGGGAAAGUGGUCAUCGACCUGAUCGACGCCAUUAAACCGGGCUCGGUGAAUUACGAUCUCGUGAAGGAGGGUGGAACCGAAGAGGAGAACCUGGACAACGCGAAGUACGCGAUAUCCUUGGCCCGGAAAUGCGGCGCGCGCGUGUACGCGCUACCAGAGGACAUAACCGAGGUGAAGCCGAAGAUGGUGAUGACUGUGUUCGCUUGCUUGAUGGCGAUGGACUACAUCCCCAAUAUGGACUCCGUGAAACAGCAGAACAACGUUGCGAACAAUAUUGCGAACAACAGUCAAUAA